AUGUUCUCUCUUACCAAGUCCGCUCUUUUUACCUCCCUCGUGGCCAUCGCCGCUCAAGCUACAACAACUGUCUCGUCGCCAACUCAAACAUCCCUCCCGGCCUUGGCAUCUCAGGUCCCAAACUGUGUCGCUGUGUGCCUUGGGAAUCUCCACGAAGCCAUCGGAUGUGAUGCAGGUGAUAUUGUGUGCCUCUGCAAGAGCAAAGCCUCUCUCAUCAGCAAAGUUGGUUUGUGUGUCAUCGGAUCGCAGUGCGAUUUUGAGGACGCCUCCAGCUCCACCGAUAUUGUUCGAGAUAUGUGCGACUUGGUAGCUGAGGACCCCGGAAUGGCCGUCAUCGCUUCUGCCUCCAAGGUCCUGGAUGCAGUUGUCGCCUCUGCUACCAUCUCUGCCACGGAAGAGCCUACUUCUACGAAUGCUGCCGGUUCUGUCACCUAUGAUGUUAUCAAGGCUGUCGUUGUUGGUGCGGCCGCAGCUUUUGCUAUUUAA